UUGAAAUGGCUCCGUUACACAGACCACAUUAUAAGAUCCCUCGAACCACUAUAUAAUGAAGCGGCCCGGAUUAUCACCGGCCUACCACGAUGGACCAAAAGAGCUAAACUCCUCCGAGAAGCAGGCUUACCCCCCUUAGAACACCUCCUGACAUAUCGCUCAAGAAAGUACGGAACCAGAAUACUCUGCUCCGAGGCAACCCAUCCCAACAAUGAAUCCCUGAUCGAGCUCCUCCCUUACAAAGAAGCAAAUAUCAAAGGAACAGGCCUACACCGAAUCGCUUCCCUACUACUCCCAUACCAGACCCCCGGAAAUGCGAGAGAAAAGUGGAACCAAAAUAAACUACUACGCGACCACCUGUUGGAAGAAUGGAACACACAAUCAAUACCGAACUACCACCACCGGGGGGACUUCCGCCCCCCUCCCAAGAUAGCGAAACUCACCCUCACGGAAGCAAAAAAAGUAUUUCGAAUCCGGUGCCAAACCACCCGAAUCGACAAACACGCAGUAUAUACAGACCCCGAACCAUGCCAGUGUGGGAUGGAAAACUCAGCGAAACACAUACUCAUGGAAUGCCCAGCGUGGGCUCGAAUCCGCACCCCUCUGAUAGAGAAGAUCCCCGGAGCGAUGACCUGGGAAAACUGGAUGUUUACAAACCUGAGAACGGACCUCAUCCUACAAUUUGCAAAACAAUCUCAACUCUCGAAAUGGUACGAGUCGGCGGAGGCGGAGGCGGACCUGGAAGAGGGGAUGGAAGAAAAUGACCGGGAACGGGAUUAG